AUGCCUUUCGGUUCAAAAUUUUCAGUUUGUGGGAAUAAUUUAGAGAAUGAUUUAGUGAUUAAGUUAAUGAAUAAAAAAAAAUCAAAGCAAGAAAGAGUUAAGAAGCAGAAUCAACCAUCUGAAAUUAUAAAUAAUAAUAUAAGAAUAAAAUUUCGGAGCUUUAUGAAGAUGAGUUAA